AUGAACAGUCAAGGUCAAGGACAAGGUCAUGGUCAUGGUCUUGGUCACCGCCAGCCUCAAUACCCUCCCAGCCCCUAUGGAAGUCCUCUGCAUGAAGAGGAAGAGUCCUUUGAAUUGACUCCCCCUCAAAACCAUCAAAAUUAUCACCACAAUUCAAAUCCCAACUCCUCCUCAACUUCCUUCGACUUUCAAUUCCCGGAUUCUGCUGCGUCUCCAUCCACUCGCCCCAUCAUGCCAAUCCGACCGGGCCACAGCUACAACCACAAUUACAGUCCUCCCGAAUAUUCUUCCUCAUGGCUGCAACCGACACCGCGCCUCUCCGGUGGGCCGGAUUCGUUCCCCAACACUCCAUAUGACUCUCGUUCGGCCUCUCCCACUCUGUAUCAGAAUUCCCAGCUCCAGAGUGCUGCUUCCCUCACAAAUCUAGUCGACACCCCGGCCACCCCGGGUUUCGCGAAGGAAUGGGUGCAGACCGGCUCUGGCUCCAUUGCCCGUCUCGAUGACCGCGAUGAUGUCGACAUCUGGAAGGGCUGGAAGCGCUUCGUCUUCAAGUUCACCCCGCUACUCACCUUUGCGAAUACCGCCCUCUAUCUCUUCUAUCUGGGUCUCCGCAUCUACUGUAUCAUCAUGGCUCAGAAUGCCGCCGGCUACAGCUUUGCAGGUGCCUGGGUCUUUGUUGGAAUUGAGGUCGUCACUGCCAUCCCAUCUCUGAUGCACAACGGUUGGACCAUGAUGGCCUUGAAGAAGCGAGGCCGCGCGAAGCUGCGUCUAAUUGGCAAUGAAUGUCCCACUGUCGACGUCUUCAUCACCUGCUGUGGAGAGGAGGAUGAGGUGGUGCUGGACACCGUCCGCGGUGCUCUCGACCAGGACUACCCUAUGGAACGAUUCCGAGUCAUUGUCUUGGAUGACGGUCAAUCAGCGACCCUGGAGGACUCAUGCAAUCAAAUCGCCAUGACCAAUCCUAACCUCUACUACAUGGCCCGUGAAAAAAUCCCCGGCAAACCUCACCACUUCAAGGCCGGUAACCUCAACUAUGGUCUCGAUCAGGUUCACACGUUGCCCGGCGGCGCCAGUCAAUUCAUGGCCGCACUCGAUGCUGAUAUGAUCCCCGAACAAGAGUGGCUGCGCGCCGUUCUUCCCCACUUGUUGGUGGACCCUCGGAUGGCCCUUGCAUGCCCUCCCCAGCUUUUCUACAACACCCCUGCGUCCGAUCCUCUCGCGCAAAGUCUCGACUUCUUUGUGCAUGUGAUUGAGCCGAUCAAGGACGCGAUGAAUGUCGCGUGGUGCACUGGGUCGGGCUAUGUUGUUCGACGCGAGGCGCUCGAGGAAAUUGGCAAUUUCCCCCUUGGUUCAUUGGCAGAGGAUGUCGCGACUUCAACCCUGAUGCUCGGAAAGGGCUGGAAGACGGCAUAUGUUCACGAGCCUCUUCAGUUUGGUACCGUUCCUGAGGAUUAUGGCGGUCACCUGAAGCAGCGUACGCGUUGGGCCAUCGGUACCGUCGACACGGCCUUCAAGAUGAAGUUCUGCGCUUGGGGUGAUGCCGUCAAGAAGAUGACCAUUGCCCAGCGCUUUUCUGGAUUCCUUUACGCUACCCUCAGUCUGUACACUAUUCUUCUCACAGCCUCCCUCUUCGCCAUCCCCAUUAUUCUCCUAUGGGGCAAGCAGCUUGUGGCCUACGCCAACCAAGACCAACUGCACUGGCUUAUCUGGACCUGUUUCGCCUCGACCAUCGCCAACCGUCUUUGUGAAUUCGCGCUUUUCAUCCCGGCCGGCUACCACACUGGUCAGCGUGGAUCCCGCUACCAGCUCUGGAUGUCGCCAUAUAUCGCUCUUUGCAUUGUCCGAUCUUUCAUUCUUCCCAAGUGGCUCGGCGGCCAGACCCAGGCAUUCAAGCCAACCGGUUCUCUCGGCUCCGAACUGAACGAGCGUGAUGCGAACUUGAGGAAGAACCUGUUCGUCCGCCUACGCGUGAUUCUUUUCAAUUUCAUGGCUCUGUUCCAUUUCGCCUUCGUCUACGUUACCAUCGUCGCGGUCGCAAUUUCCACCUACCGAUGCUUCUACAAGGAGAGCGGGUUCAAGGGCAUUGUCAUUUGCCUGAUCACCCACGCGUUCUGGCCCCCUCUGACCUUUCUCUUCAUUUGCACUUCCCUGUGGACGCCUGUUUCCUACGCCAUUGAUCCUCCCACUGUGCCCCAGCGCGAGGACCUGUUGGAUCGGGACCCCAAGACCGGCGUGGCGCACCCGACGAAGAAGAGCAAGAAGAUUGCCUUUGGUGGCCAGGCUGCCUGGUUCGAAUUCCAGUACGAGAUUGCAACCGUCGUCACGGUCCUCGUCUUCAUCUACUCUUUUUUCUUCUAG